GUUCAUUACAACUCACAAGCCUUGCUACAUUCCACGAGAGCCCUUGAUGACAGGCCAGGCCCCAGCUCCGCGCUGGCCAUGAGCCGUGGUUUGCCGAAACCCUGCAGGGCACACACAUCCACAGCCAAGAUCCCGAGUCCAAACCCCACUCGACUCGGCUCCCCUUGUUUCCUUGAUAACACUCGCAGCAAUAACAACGCUUCCUCAUCACUACCAAGCAAGUGCGCAGAUUGCUAACGAUUGAGCCUGUAUCUACUGCCAUCGAAGGCUUCCCGCCCGCUCGAGGAUAGACCAUGUCGUCCGCGGAGGGAAGGGCGCCCAAACGACGCCGGGUCCAGCCCAUCGUGAGCUGUCUCGAGUGCCGGCGCAUGAAGUGGAAAUGUGAUCGCGAGUUCCCCUGUGCCAACUGUCGGAAACGAGGGAUCGGGCACAUGUGUCCAGGAGGAAUGCUCCAGCCGAUGAAAGGUCGACAAGCUCAAGUGGCGAGUGAAACCUCUGCGCUCCAAGCCAAAGUGCAGGAGCUGGAGCAAGCCCUCGCGGCGGCGCAGAGCCGGCUUGCUGCCGCCGAGGUGAACCCCCGUUCUUCCUCGUCGCAAGGUUUACUCACGAGGGGUGGCGUUCUCGAGGGGCAUGGUGGCGGUGGGGUUGAUGAAGACGAAGAUGACAACGACGACGACGAGGUCGAGCCCCAAGACAAGGAGUUCGGCCAUGGCCGGCUGGUCGUCGGCGCGGACGGCUACUCGACAUUCUACGGCAACGCUGGCGAGCAGUACAUCUUGCACUCGGCCUCAGACCGCUACGCCGCGGAAGCGAACCCGUUCAUCUUUGCCUCACACGGCGGCCAGACGGUUGACCGGCUCGUCGCGCAGCUCCCGAGACGCGACGACGCUGCGCGCUGGGCGACGCUCUACUUCGAGGCAGGUCUCUUCUUCGCCCUCCUCGACAAGUUCUACGACGGCGGGCUGCCGCACUCGGGCGGGGGCACGACGCACCAGCUUGCGGUCGUAUUCCUCGUCAUUGCGUCCGGCGCCGCGAUGGACCUAGAGCUAUCGCCUUACAACGACAUUGCGGAGAAGUACUUCCUCCUCGGGCGAUCUUCACUCGCCAUCAACUCCUCCAGCUCGAUCACACUGGUCCAGGCCAUUAACCUUAUGAGCCGUCACAUCUCCAACACGUUCAAGGGGCCUAAGGCAACCGAGUCGUUCUGGAACACUCUCGGACUGCAUCGUGAUGGGCAUACUUGGGACCUUGAGCCUGAGGAGGUGGAGCGCCGGCGGCGAGUCUUCUGGGAGAUCUACUCUGAAGACGUGUGGCAAAGCAUGAUCCUCGGACGACCCCGACUCAUCAGCGCGGCGACAGUCGACUGCGCCUUCCCAUCGCCCACGUCGAGCAGCUCUGAAGACGUCCAGUUCAUGUUUCACGAGUACAAGCAGUACCGCCUCGUCAAGAUCCUCGCACGCGUAAACGACAUGCAGACGCAGGUGGCGCCGAUAGCGUAUCGCAAGAUUCUCGAGGUACACCGGGCUCUCAUGAGCUUCGAGAGUGACCUACCUGCCCUUCUGCACGUCGACGCGGCGCUCUCUCCCACCACGCACCACCGCAUCCACUUCCAACGGCUGACUCUCAAGCUCCUCGCCCAAGAAGGGUACAUGUUCCUCCAUCGAGCGUACUUUGCCCGCGCGCUGCGCGACUUUGCCAAAGAACCGCUGGCUUCGACCUUUGGCUAUGUGAUUGAACUGGAGGCGUCACGAGUCGUUCUAUCCAUCUUCCGCGACUCUCUCGCCGUCAACUCCCUCCUUGCAUGCCGCUUCUGGAUCUUUUUCUUCCACGCCUUCACGGCCGUGGUCAACUUCGCCGCCGUGGUGGUUCGCUCCCCAACAUCGUCAUUGGCUGCAGCGGCGUUGGUGCACGUCGAGCAAGGACUAGCUCUGUUCGAGUCCAUACCUGAAGGAUUUCGAUCACGAGACGACUUGCCUGUACUACGACGUCUGGCCGAGCAGGCCAGACUCGCACUGCGCUCUGUCGGCGCCAGAGAACCGCACACAGCCGACGAUAUCAUCGGCAUCGGCACCAAGCUGGUCCGUAUGGACCAACCGGCCCCGCCUCAAGACUACAAGAUGCCGACCACGCUCGACGAGGCGGUUGCCGUCGCACACCAAGUGGACAUUGAGCACCCGGAGCCACCGGCCUCCGAACCCGGCCAGGAGUGGUGGUGCCCCAUCCCCGAAGCCACGCUUUUCGACCUCAACUCGAGCAUUGGGAGCCUCGAAGCGAGCCUCGAUCUCGACGAAUACAGCCACCGCCCAUACUGA